AUGCAAAGAAUUGUCAUUGAUGGUCACGAAUGGGAAGUGCCUAAUGAAUCUGGAUGGGAAGAAGUUCUAUUAGAAGCCAAUGCCGCUCGAGAACGAAUCUUUAGAUCGUGCACGACACUUGCGGAAUGUCGUCAGAUCGUCGACGAACUUUAUGCUGUUUUCAACCGUCAUCCAGUAUCAAAGAAAUACCUCGAAACUAACAAGGAUGAAGUCGAUGAUAUUCUCUCAUCCAUAUUCAAAUGGGGUUAG